GCAAAAUGUUUGUUUUUUUUUAAUCAUGUCUUGUAGUGCUUUUUUUUGGUGAAAAUAUUAUUUUUUUAUAUGGAUGUGUGAUUAAAUUAGCUAAAGUUGAAUUGGGAUUUUGUAAAAGUUGAUGGGUUUAGAAGGGGAUGUGAUGUAGAUAUGUUACGUAUAUUAUCUGUUGUUGGUCAAAAGAGUCGGGAUUGUGGGUUUUAGUUGAUUCUACUUCCCUAUAUUAGUUGAUUCCAUAAUGUGAACGAUUGAACGAAUGGACAUGACUGUAAACAUUUAUGUCCAUUAUCAUUUUUCCCGGAGCUCCAAGUUGCUUUUCUUCAGUGUUGAGAAUGAUGCAGCAUAAAGCUACAAAAGGGAUUUCUUUUUCCCUUUUGUUUUCUAACUCGACCAGGGUUUGCUUUUGGAGGAAUUGAUGUAGUCGUUGGAAGAUUUGUUGAUUGUUCGGUUCAGCUUCAAUGAUUAAGCCACUUGAUGAAGUUUUUUCUUCACAAAAUUGGAAUGAAAUGAUUCUUAUUCUGUCAAAUAAUCUUGUUUUUUUUAAAUCCUACAUAACAUGAAGUAAAAUAAUCAGAGAAAAAUUAUUACUCUCCUCUAUUUUUUGUGUCAAUUAAAGACUACAAACAAACAACUUAAAGCUCUGGAGCUGCUGUCUGCAUUUUUAGAGUAACUAUUGAUAGGCUUUCUGGCUAGAAAUUAGAUCCUCCUGGAAACAUAUGCUUGCUUCAGAUGUAGUUCCUAUCUGGAAAUAACGACUUCCGAAGAAAAUUUAGACCUGGUAAGAGUUUAUCCAUAUCAUAGUUCUAUAACACCUUUGCAGUGGGUAAAACAAUAUACUAUAGCAGUUGAUUCUUAUUUGAAGAUGGAGAGGCAAAUUCUUUGACCUGUCAUUUUUAUAAUUAUUGGUUUAGGUAGAGAUGUCUAUGUAAGCUAUUGCUGAUUCUUGUGAUAUAGGAUAUUGAUAUAGGUUCUUCCACUAUUACUAAAUGAGCUAAGAGGCAAACUUCUGUUGCUUAGGAUACUUUUGUGAAAUUGCCUCGUAGUAGUGAUGGAAGGUAAAGGUUUAUGGUAUAAUUUAUGUGGCCGGAACAUAAACUAUGAAGCGUCAUAUUGAGGAUACUCAUAUUCCAAAAAAACAAUAAUGAGCUUCAACUUCAUUAAAAAGAAGCUUCAGUCUAAACCAAUUGAUGAUCAGGCUAAAUACCGUGAGAAACUGUUCAUAGCUAUACUGAAGCAUAAUUAUACUUUUCAGUUUUGUAGAACAUCAAGAAAAUAGGGACAUUCAUUUGUUUCUAAAUCAAACCCCUAAGACCAUAUCAAGAAAUACAGCUAAGUCAGAUAUCUUGAAGAUGUACACAAGAGAAAAAUAAUGUCUUUAAAAUGAGCUUGUAGUAAUUUGUGUUAGAGUUUGCUUGCAGAGUACUGUUUUGUGCUGCAAAAUACUGCUUGUGUGAAAGCUGGUCUUUAGAGCUGAAAGAAACCUACUUUUAUGCUGCUGAAAAACAGGGGAUUAGUCGAGUUUGAGUAUUGAAUUAGUUGAUUUUUCAAGUAUUAAUGCCUGAGACAAUCUUGAUAGUACUUUUGGUUUUAAGCCCUUGCUGAAAUAUGAAUUAUGCUUUGAAGUUUGCCCGUGUGUUAUGUAUAUAACUAGAAGUGGACAUACUUUCUCCUUUUGGAUGUAACAUCACAGCACCAUUUUAGUACUUCUUUACAUCAAUAAAUUUAUACUUGCCAUUUCGAAAAAGAAAGAGUAUAAGGCAGUUAUAUCUUACUUUUUGAGGGAGACUUAAAUGCUUCAUUAGUCUAAAAGCUGAAGAUAUCAAGAUUAUAUUUCACCAAUUAAGAGGGAUUAAUUGAUGCAAAAUGAAAUUGGAUGAUAUCAGACUCAAUAAUGAUAAACAGUGCAAGAUAAAGAGUUUCUGUAGCCAGGGAUCUUUUUUCUUUCUUAGAUGUGUUUUAAUGUCUGCAAUGUCUUUAUCUAACUUAAAAAUUACUAAAUAGACAGCGACAUCCAGUUACUUAAAUUAUUAUGUUCUUAUCCCAAAGGCGAGUGCUGAUUAAAAUAUUACAUGGCUCCAGACCCCAAGCAAGGUUGCAUUAUUUGUUGUGUUUCCCCUUUUCCAUUUCCAACUUGUCUUAUAAACUAUAGGAGAGAUUAGUGAUUUAGGAUCCCCAAGUGUUAUCAUUUAAUUUUUCACAGAUGCCAUGGAGUAAAAUUGUAUGAUACAAAUGGAAGUUAGCAUCAGUGGAAGCUCUUCUCCAACCCAUUAUAAAUGGAGAAAAGUUGUUUAUGGUGGGAUGCAACCUGGCUUUGGUGACAAUCACACAGAUGAAUCCUUCCUGGAGGAAAUGAUCAUGAAUGCUAAUGUUGUCAAAAGAGACUUAUUGAAGGUGGUGCUCGAUGCAGUUCCUAUCUCACAAUAUCUUUGCAUUGUCGCCCUUGUGGUUUUGGUUUGGACCUACACCCUCACAAAUACCUUGACAGAAAAAUAUCUUUUGCUACUGAAUGUUAGCCUACUUGGAUCGGGAUUCUUUAUUCUGCUUUUAACUGCAGACAUGAUACCCUUCAAUCUCCUCCUCAAUUAUCUCCUAAAGAAUACCUUCUUCAUAACUGCCUUAUAUAUGUUGUCUCCUAUCUACCACACACUUACUAGGUCCAUAAGCUCGAAUUCUAUAUGGGCACUAACAGCUUCCCUUCUCAUACUCCAUCUCUUCCUGCACAAUUACUCAGGGUCCACUGUAAAGGCUCCUGGAGCUUUAGAUAAUCCAACCCUGACAAGCAAUAUCUCUCUGAAUGCUUCGAUCGUGGCUUCACUUCUGAUUUCUUCUCGCCUUCCAUCAAGGCUUCAUGUCUUUGCUAUUGUGCUAUUCUCCUUGCAAGUUUUCCUCUUUGCUCCUUUAGUGACAUAUUGUGUCAAGAAGCGUUCUUUCAAGCUGCAUAUUUGUUUCUCCCUUCAGUUAUUGGUUCUGACACUAGUCUUCACUUACCAGUUGCAUAAGCUGCUUUUCAUUGUGCUUUUGGGCAUCUUUGUCUUUGUUAAUUUGGUUUGUCCUUACUGGCUGAUAAGGAUUCAAGAGUACAAGUUUGAGAUUAAUGGCCCUUGGGAUGAGGCUAAGCUCUGUUUUAACAUUACAGAAUGAACAGAAAUUUCAGGUUUGAAUGAGAACUCAGCGAGAAGCAUAACCUCUUUAGUGCAUGAGUUUAUUGGUGCGAAUUCAAAUUUAGUAUCAUGAUUUUACAUAUUCAAUUCAUAAUUAUGAUUAAGUAUGGAGGAAUUCUAUCGUUCCAGAUAUAGCCUUCCGUGAUAAUAUCAUGUUAUUUGUGAGAUUCACGGACUAGGCUAAUUAUAACUACUGCAGUCUAUGAACAUAUUAUACUUUAAUUUCUUUUUGACAUGUUUCACAGGAGAGCAA